GGCGGCGCGCUCGCGCCCGUGGAGCCGCCCGCCGCGCACUUCGAGGACCGCGGCGGGAGCGCGCAGCCGCCGUACGAGGGGACGCCAGCGGAGCUGGAUUCCGACGAGGAAGCUCUCGCUGCCAAGGCCGUGAAGGCCGUGAGGGACGCCGAGGAGGCCGAGGCCGUGGCCGAGGUGGUGGCGUUCGAGAAGAAGCAGACUUCGAGCGGCUCUGGAGCAGUCAAGGCUGUCGCCCAACGCGCUGCCGAUCUGCCUGGCGACGCCGACGCAGGAGCUGGCGCUUCAGGAGACUGCGGGGGCUCCAUGAACGUCGACGACGGCAAGGGGCAGGACUACGUGCUGCAGUCGGAUGAGACCGACGGGAUGCUCGAGCUCUUCCAGAAGGAGUUGGACAGGGCGCCCGCGGCUGGCCAGCUGGCGGGGGCGGUGGACUCCGAGAAGGCACUCAUGGAGGCGUUCCUGGCGGCCAAGGAGACGUGGGGCGAGAAUGUCGAGACCUGGAACACUGGCAGCGACAAGGCGCCGUACGACGCGGUGCUGGAGCAGUGCGCCAACUCGGGCUUCGUCUUCAACAAGAGGUCGGCCAUGGGAAGCCGUUUCGGCCUCUUCAUCAUGUCGCACUGGUCCGAGGAGAAGCGCCAGGCGUACAAGGACGCUGGCCCCGCGGACAAGGUGAAGUUCAGGCAAGAUUGGGCCGCUGAGAGGUACGCCGAGUACGAGAAGACCCGCAAGUUCGUCCAGUCGAGGUCGGAGGUCGACAGCACGAUCGGCACCCUCCUCAACUUGGACGCGCUCGUAGUUGCAGAAGGAGGGCAUGAUCGCCCUGCGGUGGUGCAGGGCGCGAUCAACAUUGCGCUGUCUUGCAUCAAGAAGGGCCCCCCCUUCGCCGAGCUCAACUCGGACAGCGGCCGACUCGAGUUCAGGCACAGGGUCAAGCAGAGCAGGCUCGACUUCACCAAGAAGUGGGAGACGGAGGAGCUCGAGCGCGGCGACCCGAAGAAGGCUAAGAUCGAGGCUGGCGUGGCGACGGGCGCUGCAUCAUCGGGCGCUGCAUCGUCGGGAGCUGCAUCAUCGGGAGCUGCAUCAUCGGGCGCGGCAUCAUCGGGCGCAACGCCAGGUGCGGCGGAUGCCGCGAUCACGCCACCGUCCAAGGCCGCUGCA